AUGGCUUUUCUCACUCAUGAAGGGCACUAUCAAUUUCUUGUGAUGCCAUUUGGCUUGUCUAAUGCUCCAUCAACAUUUCAAGCUACAAUGAAUUCCAUUUUUCGGCCGUUACUUCGUCGUUUUGUUUUAUUAUUCUUUAAAGAUAUUAUGGUUUACAGUAUGACUUGGGAACACCAUUUGCAACACUUAACCCAAGUUCUCCAGAUUCUCCGUGAGCACAAAUUGGUUGCUAAAUGUUCCAAAUGCUUAUUUGGGCAGCCUCAGGUCGACUAUCUUGGUCAUGUCAUUUCAAGCAAGGGUUUAGCAGUUGACCCUUCUAAAAUAUCGGCUAUCCAACAGUGGCCGAUUCCAAAAAACGUCAAAUGGGUGCGGAGCGUCUUAGAGCUCGUAAGGUAUUAUAGGCAUUUCAUUAAGCAAUAUGCCACAAUUGCUAGUCUUUUGACUGAUUUGCUUAAGAAAGAACCCUUCAAGUGGCGAGAUGAUGAACAACUAGCCUUUGAGACUUUGAAGGCCAAGCUGAGUUGCACUCCAGUUUUAGCAUUACCAGACUUCACGCAAGAAUUCUACGUGGAGGCUGACACUUCAGGUGUUGGAGUGGGGGUUCCUGACGGAGAUCAACAUCCACCGAACCUUGAGGACAAGGUUCUCGAUUGGGAGGGAAGCAUUUUUAUGGAUCAGCCAGCCCAAGUCAGUAGCAGAAUUGAGAAUGGGCUUGGAACAAUUAGGAAAAGCCAACAGAUCAAACAGCCCAACAAAAGCUACAGGACUAUGUUUUAG